AUGGCCAGCACGAAGAAGGACCCGCAAGCGAUCGAAGUCGCAAAAUCAUUCAACGGUGUUCCUUGGUGUGAAGACUACGAGCGAAUGAUCUCUGGCAUGACAUAUAAUCAAUUUGCACCCGAACUCGAAGAUGGCCGACUGCGAGCGCGGCGGCUGGCCAAAAAGUAUUCUGACCAUUUCCCGGACGACGCGACCUCCCAGAGCCUAGCGAGGGAUCGGCAAAAGAUGCUGGAGGAGGCAUUUGGAAAGAUUGGGCCGAAUGCGACCGUUGAGGCACCGUAUGGUGUGGAUUAUGGAUGUAACAUCUCUAUAGGAACCGACUUCUACGCCAAUUUCAAUAUGAUUAUCUUGGAUUGCGGCCUUGUCACCAUUGGCGACCGAGUCUUCCUUGGACCGUCGGUGAGCAUCUUCGCGGCAACUCAUGAGACGGACGUGCAGUCACGACGAGAUGGCAUCGAUUUUUCCAAACAGGUGACCAUCGGGAGUGACUGCUGGAUCGGAGGAGGUACCAUUAUUCUACCGGGCGUCACGAUCGGGAGUGGAUGUACUGUCGGCUGUGGAAGUGUUGUCACGAGAGAUCUCCCUUCCUUCUGUGUGGCUGUUGGGUCACCGGCUAGAGUCGUCAAAACAGUCACGCCGGUUGCAGAUAUUAGGAGCGGAGCAUCGAUUUCCAAGGCUUGA